AUGGAAAAUUCUAAUUCUUCUUCAACUGCACAAGUACAAUCUAACAAUUUGGAUACACAACAGAGCAAUGAUAGUGAAGUAGUUAAACCAAGCCAGAUAUUAAAUGGAACUCAAGUAUUACCCGAUGUCAGGCCAUUCCAUCCUAGUAAAACUAUGCAUGAAAUGACACCAGGCCCAAAAAAAUAUCAAAAUAUUAAAAAGUCACCUGAUAAAGAACCAAAAUUUGUUCCCUAUGAGCCGUACAAGGCAGCAGUUCGUUCAAUAGUGCCAGAGUUAGGUCAACCUUCAGUAGCCAUAUUUAAAAGAAGACUGUCGACUGCAUCUAAUUGCAGUAAAGUAUCCAAUGUAACUGAAGAUAAAGAAGAUGUGAUAAGUAUGCUGACUCAAGAAAAACAGAAUCUAGAAGAAGAGGUUGAUAAACUUAACACACAGUUAGCUAAUAUGGAUCUCCAAAUGGGCUCGCAGGCACAAGUUAAUAACGAACUUAAAAGUAUGCUUGUUGCAUCUAUUGGCGAAGACAUCGAAGCCAAAAUACAAAUGUUGACCGAGGAUAAAGUAUUACUGGCACACAAAUUACUCAAUUUCACAGGUGCAUUAGCUGGUCGACAAGAUCAAUUAGAAACAGUAGCUGGAGAACGAGAUGUGUUACGGAGUAAAUUUUUAGCUGGCAGUUUAAUAAUAGAAGAUUUAUCUAAGUGGAAGACAUUUCUGUGUGACCGCGUAGAUAAAUUAGAAGCUUCAUUACAAUCAGUACUGGACGAAAAUCGAAAAAAUAGACAUCUACUAAAAUCGGCACAUGAGAAUUUGAAGAUAUUACAAAAUUUCUAUAAACUUGAAGUAUUGAAUAAACAAAAAUUACUAGAUAGUACUAUAAUAGCUGAAGAUAUCAACAGGAUAUCAUUAUUACUUCGAAAACAUUUAUUAACCCCUCAAAUUCAAGAACUCCAAGUACAUGCUGCUAUCCACCAGACACAAGCUGAAUCCCAAGCUCAACAAAUAUUGAUACAGAAAAUGCCUAGAGAAAAAAUGAAUAAUGUUGAUGCAACAUGUAAUGCCAUAAUGGAAGCAUCACAAGCAUUAGAGUCUAAUAUUCAAUUAUGUUGUGGUCAUUGUACUGGAACCGUUAAACUUAUUUAA